AUGGCACGUUCAUCCGCAGACGGACUGAAAUACCUGUCCAACGCUCUCGCAACACCCGAACAACUAUCCAACUCAUCGUCAGCUAUUGAUGGCAUUGCUCCAGAGUUAGAAGCAUCUAUUCGAUUUGCCGGCACUCAACUCACCCAAGCUGCUGGGGUAUUGCUCCGAUUGUCGCAAGAUAUCAUUGCGCAGGCCAUUGUGACGUUUACCAGGUUCUGGAUAGGUGCUGAAGGUGGGAGUCUUCGAAUUUACUCUGUCAAGGAUGUCUCUGCUGCAGCUUUAUAUAUGACGGCUAAGCUAUCCUUCCAGCCUACAUCACCACGAUCGGUAUUGAAUGUCUACAACCUCCUCGUAUCGAAGGACGCAUCUCCUUUGUGGUUCAUCAACCCGAAGGGGGUGUCAGAGCAGCCCCCCCUUGAGACAUACUGCCUAUCCGAGGGGGGUUACCAGAGCCAGCGAAUGGUGCUGCUUCGAACCGAGUCGAUAAUUUUGCGCACGCUGGGAUUCAAUACCCAUGUUGCCCUACCCCAUACUAUCGCGUUAACCUAUCUUCAAACCCUCGGUAUAUCAUCUUCUGCUGUUGCGCAAAGGGUGUUCGAGCAUCUGAACGCAGCUCUUCUAUCACCACAACUGUUAUAUGUGACACACCAACCCAACGCCCUUGCUGUUUCUUCUAUAUACUUGGCCGCACGAGAAGUCGGGGUAAAGUUGGUUGAUGGUGAGUGGUGGGAAGUAUUUGAUGUGGAUCGGGAAGAACUUGGAUUCCUAGUGGUAGGUAUGAGAAGUAUGGAGGGUUUCGCGCGGGCAGAAAUGGAGAAAUGGAAGGGCCGGGCGGUACCUAUGAUUGUGGACGAAGUUGAGGCAGAGGUUGAGAGGAGAAGAAUGAUGGCAGAAGGCGACAUCUCCCUUCCUUUCUUUCUCCUCUCCUCCUCGCAUAAAAAUACAACUGUUACUAUGAAUAUUCUCCAUUCCACACUCUCCACUUGGAGAGACCGUCUUGCCCCAGUGUCCCGCACCUCCACCUUUCGCAAUACCGGUCAGAUCACUCCCGAGGAAUUCGUUCUCGCAGGCGACUACCUUGUCUACAAAUUCCCAUCGUGGUCAUGGGCCGACGCUUCUAGCCCUGCAAAGCGCGUUUCCUACCUGCCCCCCGGCAAACAGUUUCUCGUCACCCGAGGCGUCCCCUGUCACCGCCGACUGAACGACAACUUCGCUGGCGAUGCGGGUCACGAUGAUGAGCUUGUGAGGGACAUGCUGUCUGGGGGAAUAGGCGGGAAUGAUGAUGACGGAUGGCUACGAACUGGCGGAGGCCAAGAUUCUGCGGACCGACAAGAGAAUAGGAUAAAGGAUGUACGAACAGUGGAUGAGUCGGGGAACAUGGGAGAACGAGAGGAAGAAGAGGACGAAAUACCCGAUAUGGAGGAUGAGGAUGAUGACGAAGAAGCUAUUAUCAGAGAACCGACAUCCAGUACCACGCAGCCUACGCGCACUUACAAUCUCUACAUCACAUACUCCAACUUCUAUCGUACACCACGUCUCUACAUGUCCGGUUACCUCUCACAAUCUGAACCCCUCCCCCCACACCUGAUGAUGGAGGAUGUUGUGGGUGACUAUAAGGAUAAAACCGUUACCCUCGAAGACUUCCCAUGGUACGAUGGCAACGUCAAAAUGGCCAGCGUACACCCAUGCCGACACGCUUCGGUGAUGAAGACACUCCUCGACCGUGCAGAUGCAGCGCUGAAACUCCGCCGCGAAAAGCUGAAGAAAGCUCAGUUGGACCCAUCCAAGGUUCCUUCGGCCGGCGAAAGCGGUCUGGAGGGGUUAGUCGAUGACAUCAAGGCACUCUCCCUGAGUGAUCAACAACAGCAGGGCAGUGAUAAGAGCGGCGGAGAUGAGUGGGAGGUUUUACAGCACCAUGAAGAAGAACAGGUUGCCAUCAGGGUGGAUCAGUAUUUGGUUGUUUUCCUAAAGUUCAUUGCUAGUGUGACACCAGGGAUUGAACACGAUUUCACGAUGGGAGUAUGA